UUGAGCCAAGCCAGCACCUGCAUUGCUUUCGUCGAUAAUAUAAGGCUUUUUGGGACUGUGGCCAAACAGCGUCAGAUAUUAGAUGUGAGAAAUACAGUUACCGAUUUUCCUAGGCUUCUUGGUAAAAUGUUUAAUGAUCCCUCUGCCCAGAGGGAGAUGAGCCUGACGACUAAUAUCUACAGGGAGUUAGAAGAUGGCAGAAUUGGAGUUCAGGUAUCUUACUUUGGACAAGAUGAAAUCCUUACGCCUGAGCAAUUAUACGCAAUGCAACUGACAAAACUCGUUGAAAUCACAGAGACAAAUCUUGGCACAAAAGUCGUCGAUAUUGUAAUCAAUGCGCCUUCCUAUUUUACCGACUCUGAGCGGCGAGCUCUGAUGGACGCUUCUCGAAUCGCAGGACUUAACUGUGUUAGAAUCAUUAAUGACACCACUGCCAGUAUGUCAAAUUUGUUUUCUAAUCCCUCCUAG